AUGUGCCAGAAGCCUGUGAUCAAGACGGAGCACGACUACAAGGUUUCGGCCAUGCUGGAUCUGGGUCUGGAGGAGGACAAGUUCCCGAACCGGGUGCCGCAGAAGUUCCGCGAGAACGUGGUGAUCCACGGGCCGCAGCGCUCCGGGCGCACGAUAUCAGUAUGCAUAACUCCCCCUCUUCCUCAUUUGUCAUGCAAAAUCCCAAUUCCAGUUGGUUCCUUGUGGCACGGUUUGCAUGUUGACAAAGUACGGAAGCUGAAACAGUACUACACUAGUCAGGAACUUGUCAUGCACUGGCUCCACGUCUGCUGGUGUUUGUAUUGCUAUUCAUUCCAUGCAAAUGAGGGGGAGAAGGAGUUGUGCACUCUCAUACACGAAGUGGGCCAACCAGAUUCGCGCGGCGGUCAACCAGCGGGGCUUUCUCUCCAACGACGAGUGCGUGGACUGGGCGGUGUCGAGCAGCGCGAAGGGCCUGCUGGACGAGGAGUUCGUGGACAAGGUGCGGGCCACGAUGACGGAGCGGGAGCAACUGUGGCAGACGGAUCCCGCGGCGAAAGCGGAGUACCAGGCGCAGAUCGCGCACAAGAGCAUCCUCCUGUCGCACGACAUCAAACCCCCCGCCGACGACGACGUCGCGGCUGCGCUCCCGAUCUACGACCUGGACCCGGAAGUGGUUGCAGAGAUCGUCAAGAAGCGGCUCGCGCUGUGCGACUUCAACACCGGCUUCAUCCUCGACUGCUUCGACGCGUCCAUCGAAUACCUCACUCCGGAGAGCGCUUUGCAGGUGAUGUUCCUCCUCGACGAGCGGGUUCGGUUUUUCCUGAUGGAACCGAGCCACCGCUCUCCCAAGCAGGACACCGGAGGCAUGUCGGGAAACGAAGCAGACAACAACCCAGGAGAUGUUGCGGGUGCCGCGGGCGGGGCGGAUGUUCAAAACAAGGUCGCCGACCAGGAGCUGGACGAGGAAGCGAAGGAGGCGAAGCACAUUGAGGUGUUUGAGACCGAUUUCCACGCGUUUUUAGACUCGCGGCAGGUCGAGAUCGAGAAGGACGCGGAGAGUUUGCAGGCCGAAAUGACGGCUCUGGAAACGAAAGUGCAGACCAGCUUGGCGGAUGAAGAUCACGGGGACGAAGGCGAUCUGGCGGUGCUGCAGCAGCGGCUGGAAGCCGGCAAGGCGGAGCUGGAGAUUUUGAAGAACAAGAUCAAUGUGCCCGCGAAUCCCAAGUGCUUCGACUUCCACAGGCAGCUGAUUGCGGACACGAUCCAUCCAGUCAACGCCGUGAAGCACGCCGAGUUCCAGAAGCUGGCGCCCGAGCAGCAGAAGAGGCACGCCACGAAAGCGGGCGCGAAGGCUAGGAACAAGUCCCAAGGAGCGGAAUCCAGCAACGGCAGCUCGCCCACGCACAGCCAGCAUUCCGUGUUGUUAAACAUGGAGUUUCAGCACUUCCACCUGGUUUCGGUGUACCCGCUUCCGUACGACAAGGAGAGUCGGGCUGCGCUGCUGGACCACGAGGACAUGAUGCCCGCACCACGCGUGCCCGAGGACCCGAGGCUGCCGCAGCCCUCGAUGCGGCAAAUUGUGUAUUCGCCGCAGAUCGUUCGUGAUUUCGACCGCGACGAGGCGUACAAGCUGUCGAAGCACAAUUUUUCGAUUCGAGAUUCCCUCGUCGAAGAGCAGUACGUCGCGCGCAACCUCGAGGACGCCUUUGCCACCGCCGGUCGGGUGGAUAUCCGCUGCUACGCGGAGGAGGAUCAGGUCUUCAGCUUCGGUCCCUGUCUCGCCGGCGGGGCAGAACCGCAGAAGGAGCGGCUGCGAAUCACGAAUCCGCGCGGAAUUCCAUGUGAGGUCAAUAUCAGCGUGAAACCGCGAUCCGCGGCAGGCGAAAAGGACUUUCCAUUUGAAAUCCAUCCCGCGCAGCUGGUCAUUCCGCCGCACGAGCACUGGUACGUCACCGUGUCGCUCACCCCACCGCAGUUGCAGACGUAUUACGUAAUAUUCGAGGCGAAGUUCACCAAAGGAACUGGAACAGACCACCGAAGCAACUACUUGACGUUCGAGAUGCGCGCUUUAACAGACGAACAGUUUGAUUUUGGCAAGCUGCAGCUCGGUCGCGAGCAUCAAAUUCGGUUCCGCCUGCAGCAGAAUGACGGGAUCAUACCCGCGACGGCACGCUGCGAGAUCCUGGACGAGGAAGGCAUCGCAGUCACUGACACUAUUCCGCCCUUCUCCGUGAUCUGUCCGCGCACGAUAAAUCUGGAGCCGGGCAAGCACUACCAGUUCACGACAAAGUUCCACCCGUGUGACAUCAGCCUGCCGGAUGACGGCGUACAGCUCCCCUACUUCUUGCAGAAGUUCCGGGUGUUCACAAUCCACAACCCAUUCGAAGACUUGACGCUUGCAUUGAAGGGCGAGGGCUACGUGCAAGAGGUGUGUUGGGACCUAAUGAACCAGUCCGGCCGCGACGACGAGCUUUUGGACUUGGAUUUGUCGCCAGAAAUUUCACCCUUUGACCCACCAUAUCCGUUGAAAGACGGCGGUCGUCAGGCCGGGGUGCGGCCACCCGCGCCCCCGGAUGAGCUCGGGAUCGGACAACUUCCGGUGGGUAGCCGCAAGCAGCAGAUUAUCUACCUCAAAAACGGGAGCAAGAAAACGGCGCAGCUCGAGUUUCCCGAGACACUACCUGCGCCGUUCGCGUUGUCCGCCGAGGCGGCCGAAAGCUCCAGUACUCCGAAUUUGAAGUUUGUUCCGUCCUGCGGUCACGUGCCCCCGGGAUCGAAGAAAAAGAUCGUAGUGCACUUCCAGCCGGUGGAGAAGGUAUCCGCAGACUUGGUGGAGAUUCCGUGCAAGAUCCAGGACAUCGAGUUCUCCACGGCGGACUCCGGCAACGAGAAUAGGAACGGCGCAGCAGCUGCGCUUCUUUCCGGAGGCGAAAGCCGGCCCACAACGCCGUUCUUGCGGCAGGCGUCGGAUGGUCGAUCGAUCUCCCACGAGUCGACAGCCGGCGGGAGAAAGCCGUUGAUCUCCCACGAGUCGACAGCCGGCGAGAAAUCGCUCGCCAUCUUUGGGAUCGCGCAUCCUCCAUCCCCGCCAGGCAUUCAGCUAGUUCUGUUGCUCAUUGCGGGCGCGAUCAUUUUUUUCACAAGCACGAAACGACUACCAAAAACACAGCCCAACAUAGGUAGUUGGGUUUGCCGCAUGGGCCAAGUGUGUCCCUUCGUUAUCCUCGGAGGUGCGGCUGUGGUGGUUGCCAUAAACCGCGCGAACGGCGAAGCCUACGGGUUUGAGAGGGGAAUGAGUUUCAGUUCCUCGUCGUCUUCCUCCAGGACUGCGAACUCCGGCGAGUGGUUCUCGUGGCUGAUAGAUUCGCAAGGAAAAAGCGAUAACGGAGCGGGUGGGCGUGAAUCUGUGGGAACUACGACCGAGACCGUUGCUCGCCCCAAGAAACAGCAAGAGGAAGCAACUUCGCAAGCCGGUCCCCGACACAUGCCCUCCCUUUCCAACGACCCGAACAGCGACGAUUCGUCUACAACCUCCACCGCUGCUUUUGCUCGUCCAGCGGCCGCUACUGCAAAGCCCAGCAGGCGGCAACGUCCCGCCGAGGAUGAAUUGACCGAAGAAGCCAGAGCCUUUGCAGCAGAAAACGCAUUGGGAGCAGCAGCUACAGCAGCCAAAAAUCACGCGGCACAGAGGACAGACGAGAAAUUGUCGGACACUACUGCAGAUGACGCGUCGCCACCACGACCAUCCCCGGCUACCGAAAGUCUGGACAGGAGGAGCGGAGCUUCGGCUACAGCAAAGGCGUCGAGUGUUUCGACCGUGCGGCUUCGCUCCGGCACUUCCGCUGGCAAGGCUCUGGAUGAACAGCAGCAGAAACUAGCGCAAAUGGUAAAGAAUAGCGGGGCCAUUAACGACGGCGCCAGCAAAAGGGAUGCCCAGAAGGAGCUUCACGGGGGCCGCGAACAAAGCCGGGUGUCGCUAACGGAACUCCAGGGGGACCAUGCUGCGGGGCAAGAGGAUUGCCAACAGUGCGACUUUCUCAAGGUCGCAGCAAAGCAGUGCAAGUUCCCUCCCGACUUAAGUAGUGAGGGCGUCGCGCAUGCGCGCAAGAUCUUCUUCGGGGAUGAAAAGGUCGGGUUUACGCGCGCUGGCUUGGCGAGCUCCAAGACGAGUCCCCCAGCCAAAGACAGAAGCCGGAGUAGAAUCUUGGAGCAGUCCAAGGUGAAGCCGCAGCCGGAGGAGCACCUUCAAAAAGCCGUGCCCGUGGAGGAUGUCUUCCUCUACUUCACAUAUGUGGCAUCGGGGAAAGUUGGCCCAACGCGUUUUGGUGGGCCGCCGCUGACCUUCCCGGUGAAGCGGAAGCCGGACGAGCGCAACAAGGCGGCGAGCGUCAUGGAGAAUCUGCUAGACGAGGACGGCGCCGGCGGGCCCAAUUUGCUCCGCGAUUUGCUAAAGCUUCUCGCACAAGAUGCCAACAAGGACGGGAGUGAAAAAGGCCAAGGGGAUGUGGGUGUCAUCAAGCUACUGCAAGACCAACUGGCCGGUUUUUCGCCAGCAGGUUGGGCCGCGACCACAGAAACGCAAUGCUCCGAGGAAGUUUUACACCGGUACAACGAGAAGAACGAAAUCACUCCGUCGACGUGCACUGCUCGCGAUUGUCGCCCUGUUUUCUUUGGUCGUGAUUUCAUCAUCGAGAAGGAGGAGCAGGCAGACGAGGAGAAGAGGCUGGCAGACGUAGACGUACGGGCACGUGGCAUGAGGUACAUUCGAUCGCUCGAGUAUGAGGAGAAAGUCGCCCCCGCGUUCAUAUUCAUCAAAGACCUUCUUGGCUGCGACACCGAGAACAGCAAAGCCAGGGCUAGCGCAUCACGCGGCAAGAUAUGGCUUCCGCAUGAGAGAAGCGUUUGGCGAAAGCUCUUGCCCAGAAAAAAAGGCGGCAGCCGUGAACACCAGGCCGACGCACAGCUGGCGAACGCGAUGAAAAGGGCGGGCGAUAUCAUGCGGACCGCUGUAAGCUCCGCCACCAGCACCACCGACAAGAAGAGCGCCGAAGCCAUUGCACAAGACGUGAUGAACACUGCAGGCGACAUAACAGGGUUUGUGCAAGGACUUCUCCGUGCCCCCAUGGUGCUAGCGGAUCGCCUUCCGAACAUAUUUUCGGAACUGGUCGGAAGGAAAAUACGAAGGCCAGUCCGCUACUUGUUCGAGAACAAGCUCCGACAGGAGGCUCUGGGCGGGACGAAGCGGAUACUUUGCGCCGAGGAGCUCAGCAACAUGGUGGCGCUAGAAGUCGAGCAGCUAAUUUCGCAGGUUCCCGACCUGCUGGAAUCCCUACAAAUUCCUGCCCUGCCUGCCAUUUUCCGUGCAUUUUUUGGCGACAGGGUUUCUAUCAUGCAGAGUCUCUCACGCCAAGCAGACUGCGUCGCGAGAUCGGCCCUGAGGGAACCCAUCAAGACUUUACUACAAGACCUGCAGCAGACCGAUGAUCGCGACGAUGGCGCACCCGAGCCGCGGUGCAUCCCGGUAGAGCCCCCGUCCAGCGGGCCCGGGAGCGGAAUCAUCGCCCCCCUGUGGUUCGAGAGGGUCAUGGGGAUGGUGCUCGCACAACUGGUGGACAGAGUCAUCCCGGCUAGCAAGAUUGGAACGGCUAUCUUUAGCGGCCUAGGAGAGUACGUGCGGGACCUCGCGGCCCCGGUGGGCCAAGUCUCGGAUAUCGGAGGUGGCGCUGCAUCGUGGGUGGCCGACUCUGUUGUGAGCAUUAUUGUUAAUCUCGCGAACCCCGAAAAGGCGGGGGACGCGUUGUUAGCUCGUGAAAAAAAAGCAGUGGAAGAGUAUGGGGUAAUUGGACAGUGGGUUGACAAGCCGUUUCUUGAUGUCCUGAGUCUCGCUUCCACCGGCUUGGAGGCUGUCACCAGUUUGUCUAUGGGGGGACAAACUAGCACCGCGGCAGUGAGAGCGGCCUUUUUUUAUUGCCCACAUAUUCGAGGUGAGGGGCUUCCCACAUAUUCGAGGGGGGGUUUGGGUUUCGCGGAUUUGUGAAAGCUAAAAACGCAAAAUGUUACUGCUUGCGCUGGAGGUAGGGGCAUGUGUCUCCCUGAGAAAUGAACGCGCAACACUGCUGGCUCUGGAUGUUUCGGCCGAAGCCGGGAGCCGCUAAUGUAGUGGGUUUGCCAAACAAUAACAAGCCCACGAAGAAUAUUUAUUGGCGUCGGCAGCGGGCUCCUGCGGUGCCGGCCUUUCCGCUUUCUCACUCCACGCCCGUGCAAAGAACUGAGCGCCCAUGGCGCUGCGUGGCUCCCGUCAGUUUCCCGGCGGCGACCUGCAAUCACAGCCGAGUGCCCUUCGUGCGCCUCUAGCUCCUGGGGCGAUUCCGUCGUGGCGGCUACGGCUUGCGGCGCCCGCGCGAAAAACAAAAGGGCGCCGGGCUUUUGUCGGCUUGGCCGGGGGCUAAAAGGAGGGCGGCCGCGCGACCUGUCAUGCCCGUGCGUAUACAGCCCCUGCCCUGAUGCUGGUUUUUGCUCCGUCGGCCGCGCAGCUCGCCGCGCGUAGCAUACUUGUGGCACUCUCGCUUUUUUGGAAAGCAGCCGGGCUUCGUGAGCCCCGUCCACAGGUUGGCUUCGUUUCGCUCGUCGGCUGCUGGCGCCGGCGCUGCUUUCCUUUUAGGGAAUAUGCGGGUCCCCCCCUCCCGCUCCCCAAAUGCUCAGUAUGCCGCACUGAUUCCGAAUAUUUGGGCUGGUGUGACCCCACAUAUUUGCCAUAGCCUCCCGCACAUUCACUAAAAGGACCUGGCCCUAUGUCUGUUUUUCAUUCCUCCCCCCAUGCAUUCGGCGUCGGCUUUCGAGCCCGGAGUGGGAAGGUCUUUGCAAGCGCUUUCGUAAGCUAGCCGCGGCGCUUUUUGGGAGCUUGCCAACCACGGCGCCGUCGGUCGGUUGGGUUUUUUGGCCAGGAGCAGCCGCACUGUCGGCCCAAAGUGCAACAAUACUCGCCCGCCAUCGCUCUCUCUUCGAGUGGGCUAUUUUCCCAAGCAAGGCUUUCGUGGGCCGGCCCUGGCGCGCACCCUCAUGCCUGGUGAUGUCCGCGAGUCGUGCAUCUUUUCCCGCAUUCGACAUUUUCGGGAAAAUGAAAAGGGGAGCCCAAAUUCAGCUGUAGGGCGACCGCGCGGGUGUAGGGCGACCGCGCGGUUGGGUUGUCAUUCAGGGGCAGCGCAGUAGCCGUCUUGUCUCCUUAGGUUCGCCCGUGUCGCAGCUUCCCAUGCGUGUGGGCACUCUGUUGCAAGCGUAGCGCCGCGGCGCCUUUGUCAGGUUUGGAAGAUAAAGCGGCGCCCAAAAACGGCCUGAAACGCCGAGACAUGCCUUUUGUCUUGGCGCCCGCAACGAAGCGCCACAACGCAAUCCAAAAAUAGUGCCCAAAUAUGCGGCCCCAAAAAAAACGCCGCUCUCAUUGCCAAUGGCUUUCUUGUCCCCCCAUAGUCGCUACCCGGCUGUUUUUAGGGCCACACGAAGAAGGCGAAGAAGGCGACACCGAGCAAGUAAAAGGGGACGACGACUACGUCGACUCUUCCGACGAGAGCUUGGGCUGCAAGCUUACAUAGGAAAACUGUUCGCCAUUACGCUGCCGGUAGCUGGGGUCGGAGGCUUUGAGCAAUAAGGAGACUGAAUCUUGGUGUUCAACGAAGGAAAGUAGCAAUAAGUUGCCGGACCCCUGAGGCAUAAAAAGAAGAUCGUCAUCAAGUAGAGCUGCGCUAGGACCGCAAACAGUUUGCUUUAACCAUUGGGGCGGAUUCGAUGAAACGAAUAUAAUCCACUCCCCACUGCGAGCAGGCGAAACACGUUCAGAAGCACCAACGUUAGCGAGAAAGAGAAGCAGCUUGAUCUAGCGAUAGCAUUGCAGAAUCUUAUAAGGCUCAAAGUUUUCAGGGACAUAAACAGAAAUGCAGCGUGAUUACAUAGAUGAGAAGUAAGUGUUUGGGAGCGACUUUUCGAUUUAUUUAUGACGAAGAGAAUGAAACAAGAAACUUGAAUAGAACGCAAGCAGAACGAAAAAAACAAAACACUGGGAAAGGGAAAACAAAAAAGCCGCAAGCUGCGAAGGCGAAUCGCCAAGGUGGGGCGGCUCUCAGUUCGUUCCGUUUACAGUUUAGAGAGCUCCGAAGAAAGCCGGCUCCAUUUACUUGAGUGGCUAUUUCUUUAUUUUUUAUUGACAAAAAAGCCCGGCCUUAUUCAACGGCGUUACCCCUAGGGUAUCAGGGCAGGCUAUUCCUGCCGCGCGUCGGAGGAGGGAGCUGCGCCGAGCACCGCUCAAACUAAUAAAUCGCCAUCAUCAUUGACCGUGGCACUGGAGAGUGGCAAGACAAGCGACGAAAGGGCGCCCGAGCAUGAAUUUGCGAAAAAUGCAUUAUAGUGCUCGGGCCGAGACGUUCGCUUUUCCUUUUCGAAUGUCUGCCGUGCGAGGGAAACGCUGCUCCUGUGGUGGCAAGCCGGGUAAAUCUGAGCAGAAUGCUCAUCAUCUGAGAGAAGACGCAAUGUUGAAAGAGCGAAGAUGCCACAAACUGUCGCGAUUGUAUUUUCUUGGUCAAGGAAGCGCAUGCUGCAAGGCACAAAUAGGUGAAAGAUUCUUUCACCUAUUUGUGCCUUGUCCCUUCUUAGAAGGGACAAUCCGUCCAAGCGCUUGCGAGAGGUGACUGGGACUGGCCAUGCGAGCAUUUCUUGAAUAAGAUCUAAAUCGUUUUCACCGCCUACACGGAGCAGAGCUGCGCAACAAGAUGUCGUACCGCGAGCUCCGGAACUUCUGCGAGAUGAUGCGUAGUCUCGGCUACCAUCGGCCCAUCAGCAUGGAAAAUUUCCGCACGCCGAACUUCGAGCUGGUCGCGGAUCUGCUGGAUUGGCUGCUGCACAGGGUGGACUCCAGUUCGUCGAUACCAGACGAUAUAUCGACCGAGACCUGCAGAAUACACUUUCUGACCACGUGUUGUCGCUUACUUUAUGAAAAAGCAAAUAUAAAAUGCAAUCCAAGAAAACUCUACGGUGCGGACGGGUACGCUGUAAAAGAGCUGCUCAGGUACUUGCUGGAUUGCAGCUUGCUGAAAUUGAAGUGGUACUGCUAGAAUAGAAGACUACUCUUCAUCUGCAUGCCAACGCUGUUUUUUUCUUCCGUUUCCCUACCUUCAAAAGCGCUGCAAAAAUCUCCGUUUUGUUCUCUGCAGGGUGGCACAGAUGCUGUAUGAGGCACAGAAGUCGGUAACGCAGAAUGGAAACCUUGCGAAAGAAGCCGACAUGGACACGUCAGCGUUUUCACUAUCGUCAAAGCUUCACGAUUUGAAGUCCACAAGAUCACUCUGCUCAGCCAUAGUGGAAUCCGGAGCAACCUUGCACGACCUGCUACAAAAGGAGCAGACAAACCGAGAAGACAUAAACAAAGCGCUCAGGUACCUACUUACUUGUGACAUGACAGCUGCAGAAGCUCCAGGUGCCCUCUAUUACUUGCUCUCGUUCGUGGUCUACCUAGUGACACUCACGCAAUCCCAAUCCGAUGCUGACUGAAAAAAGGUUUCUCGACGGGAUAUCGCGGAAUUUGGAUAGCAAUUCGGAACAAGAGGUGGUGGAAAGGUCCGUAACAGCGCUCCUGAAUACGAACAUAGAGAGUUUGCAGCAGCGGAAACAGAUGGUAGACGAACUUGCGAAAGACGAGAAAAAUUUGGAAACGAAAAUAAAAAAGAAGAAGCAGGAGCUGGACCGAUGCACUGCUCGUCUCGCACAGCUCACGAGCGUGCGACCUGCAUUCAUGGACGAGUACGAGAAACUAGAAGAGGAGCUCGCAAAGGUAAUUUUUUGUCCUUGUGCAUGUCGUGGUGGUCGUAAUGAACGUCAAAGACUUUUUUUCGUCUUCUUGAACCUCCUUCUUUCUCGUCAGGUCUACGAGAGCUACGUGGCCCGAUUCCGAAAUCUUGAUUACUUGGAAUACGAGCUGGAUCAGCUGAAUAAGGAAGAAGAGGAACGCAUGGAGCAGAAUGCGCGAGAGCUGAAACGCCUGCAGAAAAGGCUACGGGAAGAGGAAUGGCGCAUGCUCAGAGGUUCUUCUGACUGCCUGGUCUUGUUUUCCUCAAAAGAUAAAGGAAGAAAAUGCGCCGGCACCUAUUCCUUAGGUCGUGAUGCUGAUCUUGAAAUUGAAGUGCUGCGCAUGCGCAUCUUCUACAAAGUAGAAUAUCACCCCACUUUGCUCAGGCGACGAGGAUGGGGACUUGAAGGGGCCCAUGGAGAGGCCGCGAGCGAAGAGCCAAGUUGUAGGCAGCAUGGUCGCUGUUUCAGAAGGUGGCAGCAGCGAUUCAAAGAGCGACGAUGGCAGCUCCGAAGCCAUCUCCGUCGGGAAAAGCGAGUACAACAAUUCACUUUUUUGCCAUACGCCACAUCAUUCCAUUGUGAUUGACUGUUUAUUGCGCUGGAUGUGCAUUUCGUAAUUUGGAUGCAUUUGAUACCUGUCCCGGUUGCAUGCUAUGCUUCGAACUUCACAGGGGCAGUGACCAUCCGCUCAGCAUAUCUGGAUCCGACGACAUUGUGGAGCAGUCGGACGACAGCGAUAUUCCGCGCGAUAACGACCACAAUUUUUAGUCGCUUCGCGCCUCAGAGUCUCGCUCUAUUCGGUUCUUUUUUUUCAUAUUAAAACUUGAGAACUUCUUCUCAGGCCCGUGCAAGCAAAAGCAUGUUUUUGUUGAAGCAAGAAAACCACUUAUAUCAAACUCAAAACGGAAAACAGUGAACCUAAAUUAAUAGCCAUGGCUAGCGCAAAAUAGCCUCCUUGUAAAACUUUCCAUAUCAAAACUAGCAGCGAACAAGACAGCUCCACUCGCCGCGGUGGAGGCUGCUCUUGAAUGAAAGAACAUAGUUGACUUUGUUCAUGACGCAUAAGUACAUGCCAAGAGUAGUAAGACAUGACGCAGCAGAAUAUGUUAAUUCUCAGAGCCCUGCCGUCCAGCGGGUUUUUGUAGCCUUCCUUGUGUCGCUCGUACUGUGUUCAUCCCGAAAGUCCAAGAAAAAACGCUAGAUCCCCAAUAAUAUGGUGACAUAGUUGCAUUCGUUCGCGUAAAAGUAAAACUAUAUCGAUAAGGCGGAGUCUUCCCAGAG